UUUUUUUAUUACAGGUAGAAAUUCAAUCAGUACUAGGUGAGUUAGUGGAAGAAAUAAGUUGAAAUCGGUUGGAAAAUUUAACAAAUAAAAUGAGUGACGACGCAAGUAAUAAUCAACAGAAUAACAGCUCGACCUCUUCAUCUACACCACCUCCACAACAAGAUAGUAAUGGCAAUGUAUUGGAAAAAAUGCAACAGCAUAUUCGAACGAAUAAAGUCGACGUAGCUAUGUGGGCUACACGCAUACUCACAGUACUCUUUACAUUCAGCUACUUGGUACCACUAAUAAGUAAUCAACAGAGCUCCUUUAACAAAGUAUUACUAUCGAAUGCAGCGACUUCAGCACUACGCCUACAUCAGCGUUUACCUUCGUUUGCAUUUACGAGGGAAUUUUUGGCCCGGCUCUUUAUGGAAGAUUCCUGCCAUUAUCUUAUGUUUUCUUUAAUAUUUUUUAAUGCGCAACCCACAUUGCUAAUUCUCAUUCCAAUUGUUUUGUUCGCCGUAUUACAUGCAUCCAGUUACUCAUUAAAACUAUUAGACAUUAUUGGCCAAAACUCUUGGUGGGGAGCAAGGUUCUUAAUUUCGCUGGUUGAGUUCCAAGCCAGUAAUAUUUUGAAGGCUGCAGCUUUUGCUGAGAUUUUUAUUAUGCCAUUAGCUAUUGUUUUCACAUUCAGAGGAAAAACAGGACUAAUGACUCCGAUAGUUUACUAUCAUUUCUUGGUUAUGCGUUAUAGUUCCAGACGCAAUCCUUAUACCCGGAACGCUUUUGCGGAACUUCGCGUUAAAGCCGAGGCCUUAGCCGCCUCAUCACCUGCGGUUGUUGGUAAGAUCAUACAUAGUGGCAUCGCUUUUGUGACUCGUUUAGCGCCGCAACAACAACCGGAGCAACCAUCAGCAACACAAUAAGCAUUUUUUCGUACAUCAGCCUUUUGUUUUUAAAUUAUGUUCCACUAAUAUGAAAAAAGACAUAUGUUUAAUAUUAUAUUUUACAAAAAAGUACCUUAGGAAAUAAAUGCAAUUUAAACAUGCGACGUCUAAACAUUUGCCUUCAAAGGUUACAUGAAUAACAACAAAAAUGUAUAACUAUAACAAAUAUAAUUUAAAUGUAAAUUGGAACACAACACAUUGAGUUUUAAAUUGUACGACAAUUUUUAUUACAUUAUAAGGUAUUAUGUAACAGGUAUUUGUUCAAGAUUUUUUCUCUUGAAAUUAUUUUUAGUUUCCUCUUUAUGUAGUCAUUGGUGUUAAUGUGCAAUUAUCUCGAUAUAUGAAUGAUAUCAAUUUGAAUAAACAAUUAUAUUUAUAUCAUGGGA